CUGGUUCUUCGAGUCCCGCAACGACCCCGCCAACGACCCCGUCAUCCUCUGGCUCAACGGCGGUCCCGGCUGCUCGUCCAUGACCGGUCUCUUCUUCGAGCUCGGCCCCAGCUCGGUCGACAGCCAGGGCAAGCUUGUCUACAACCCCAACGCUUGGAACCAGAACGCGUCCGUCAUCUUCCUUGACCAGCCCGUCAACGUCGGAUACUCGUACUCCUCGCAGUCGGUCUCGUCGACCGUCGCCGCCGGCAAGGACGUCUACGCGCUCCUGACCCUCUUCUUCAAGCAGUUCCCCGAGUACGCCAAGCUGCCCUUCCACAUUGCCGGCGAGUCCUACGCGGGCCACUACAUCCCCGUCUUUGCUGCCGAGAUCCUCUCGCACAAGGAGCGCAACUUUGACCUCACCUCGGUCAUGAUCGGCAACGGUCUCACCGACGGUCUGACCCAGUACAAGUACUACGAGCCCAUGGCGUGCGGCAAGGGCGGUGCCGAGUCUGUGCUGUCGGAGGAGGAGUGCUUGAAGAUGGAGGCCUCGUACCCGCGCUGCGCCAACAUGAUUGAGAACUGCUACAACACCGAGUCCGUGUGGACCUGCGUGCCUGCUUCCAUCUACUGCAACAACGCGAUGAUGGGCCCGUACCAGAAGACCGGCAAGAACGUCUACGACAUCCGCACCACGUGCGAGGACACUGAGAACCUGUGCUACCCGCAGAUGGGCUGGAUCUCCAAGUACUUGAACGACGCUGCCGUCAAGGCCGCCGUCGGUGCCGAGGUCGAUCUCUUUGAGUCGUGCAACUUUGACAUCAACCGCAACUUCUUGUUCAACGGCGACUGGAUGAAGCCGUACCACUACGCUGUGCCGCACAUCCUCGCCUCGGGCGUUCCCGUCCUGAUCUACGCGGGCGACAAGGACUUUAUCUGCAACUGGCUCGGCAACCAGGCCUGGACCAACGCUCUCGAGUGGGAGGGCGCCAAGGACUUCCAGUCUGCGCCUACUAAGGACUGGGUCUUGGGCGACAAGGUCGUCGGUACUGUCCAGAACUCUGGAAACUUCACGUUCCUCAGAGUGUUCGAGGCCGGCCAUAUGACUCCUUUCGACCAGCCCGAGGCGGCCGGCGACAUGGUCCUGCAGUGGAUCCAUGGCAACUUUGGCUAUGCCAAGUAGGUAGUUGUAGCUGCUAGUGCUAGUGAGGUGUGAAUGUUUAUGGCGCGUGGUUGUCUUAUUGUUUUCUACUAUGGAUUUAUAAGGGGUUGCUGUUUUAACAAUAAAGUAUCGUGAUACACAAAU